UUCAUUUUGGGUUAGUUCCCUGCAUUAUCGGCAUCCUCCCAAGUUAACUAGUGAAAACACCACAUUCCUAACUCAUUUUCCCAUCACAAAUACUCUCAAAAAACCAUGAAAAUCAUUUCCCUCCAACGCCAACACCAUCUCCAUCUCCUCCCUCUCUCACCUAAAAAUGGAUACUUCAUCCCUCACAUCCCAUCCCAAGAAACUCUCUCUCUUCCUCAACACAUCCUUCCUCCUCCUCCUCUCACUCUUCUUCUUCACCAAUGUCCUUCAUCAACCCAGAUUUGGUUCCACCACAAUUUCAUUAAUCCCAUCUGCACCCCCACUUCAUCAGUUCAUUGGUUAUGAGUCCAAGUGUGCUUAUGUCAAGUCCCAGAAUUAUUUCCACUCCAAAGGGUACAUAAACUACCUUGAGAUUUUCUACUGCACCUGUGGAAAAUACCCUGGAUUGGGCUAUUCUAUAUUGCUCUUAUGGCUUGUUGUGUUGUUCUAUUUACUGGGUAACACAGCUUCAGAAUAUUUCUGUCCUUCGUUGGAAAGUUUGUCUAAAAUACUGAAUCUCUCUCCAACGAUCGCCGGGACUACCCUCCUUCCACUCGGAAAUGGUGUCACCGACGUCUUCUCCAGUAUCAUAUCUUUUACACAGUCCAACGAUGGUGGUGUUGGCAUCAACAGUGUACUGGGAGGGGCAUUUUUUAUAUCAAGUGUGGUGGUGGGUAUCAUAAGCAUAUUGAUCACCAAGCAUAAGAUUUCGGUUGAUAAAUCGAGUUUCGUUAGAGACGUCCUGUUCUUGCUUCUCGCUCUUUCUUCUUUAUUGUUGGUUUUUAUCGUGGGAGAAAUCAGCUUGUGGGGAUCGAUCUGUUUCGUCUCGAUUUAUUUUGUUUAUAUAGUUGUGGUUUCUGUCAUGCACUUCUACAGACAGAAAGAAGAGAGGGUAGUAAACUUAUCGACGAAUCCAAAGAGCUUCUUAGGUGAAUUUGGCGAGGUGGGCGUACCGUUACUGGGUUGUGUCGAUGAAGAAAAACCCGUUUCGUUGGAUAAAGGUGAUUUCGAAGCAUCGAAUCAGAAAGAAAUAUCAAGGUGUUUUACAUUCGAUUCGAAAAUUCGCGAAUGCUUGAUUUGGUUUCUAUAUCUCUUGGAGCUGCCUCUUUACUUGCCAAGAAGGCUUACAAUACCAUGUGUAAGGGAAGAAAGAUGGUCUAAGCCAUUUGCAGUUAUUUCAGUUAUUUUGGCUCCAAUUCUACUGGCAGCCCUUUGGAACACCCAAAAUCCAAAUCUAAGUUCAAAAACAAGUUCAUUGAUCUAUAUGACUUCUGGGUUGAUUGGGUUGACAUUUGGGGUUGUUGCAUCUGUGGCCACCAAAAGGUCAAUCCCACCAAAGAAGUACUUAUUCCCCUGGGUUUUUGGAGGAUUUUUGAUGAGUAUCAUUUGGACAUACAUCACAGCAGAGGAAUUGGUUUCUUUGUUGGAGUCAAUUGGGAGAAUACUUGGGAUAAGCCCUUCAAUCCUAGGGCUAACUGUCCUUGCUUGGGGCAAUUCAACUGGGGAUUUGAUAGCCAAUGUGGCUGUGGCAAUGAAUGGGGGCUCAGAUGGGGUGCAAAUUGCGGUAUCAGGGUGCUAUGCAGGGCCCUUGUUCAACACGUUGGUUGGUCUGGGUCUAUCUCUUGUUUUCUCAUCCUGGUCCGAGUACCCGUCUUCUUACGUGAUUCCUAACGAUCCGUUUCUCUUCGAGAUUCUUGGGUUCUUGAUUGCUGGCUUGCUUUGGGCACUCGUGAUUUUGCCGAGGAAAAACAUGCGGGUCGAUCGGUUUCUGGGCGGGGGACUCUUGGCUAUGUACUGUUGUUUUCUGUGUCUGAGAUUUUCCAGGGCUCUUGGGGUUCUGGAAACAGCUUCAUGAGUUCUGUGUUUUCAAAACCUUGUAAACUCUUGUUGUGGACUAUGUUGUCUUUGUAAUACUCCAGUGAAGGUCUAUUAUGGAAUUGCAAAUCUAAUGUUUCAAA